GCAGGAGCAACACACCCCAGUGGGAGAGAGGACGUCCAACCGCAUCUUUCAUAGUAACCGAGGCUCACUUCUCAGCCAGGACCCCGGUGUUUCUGACCGAUCUGUCUCGGAGGUGCGUCCAGAUAAUCCGCUUUCUCCGCGCCGCUUCUCUUCGCUCCCGUUCCGCUCGGCGCCGGAUCGGUCCGCUCGCUUCCCCCCGGAGAUCAGUUCAUUCCCUGGAAGCUGGAUGAAUUAUUGGAGAGUUGUGAAUAAGUGCGAGAAGAAAGCUGAGGCUCGGGAUCCUCGCUCCGUCCAGGGAAGACAACACUCUGCCAGAGUUGUGGACGAGAAUGGAGGGGACGUCCCUGUAUCUUCCUAUUGUUAUUUUACUGAUGCAAUGUUCCCCCUCCGUUCCUGUCUCUGUGUCCACAGAAAGACACAAGGUGGAGGCGCACGAGUUUUCAGAUGCCGUGCUGUCAUGCACGUUCCGCACCGAGAAAGACCAGAACCCGCGCAUCGAGUGGAAGAAGAAGGGCAGAGGUGUUUCCCUCGUGUACUAUGAUGGACACUUCAAAGCUCCCUUUGAGGGCCGGGCGUCUAUUGAAGGGGCCACGGUGACGCUGCAGAGGGUGACCCAGGAGGAUGCUGGGGAGUACCGCUGCGAGAUCAGCGCUCCUAACGACUCCGUCCAACUGGGCGAGACCAACGUCACGCUCAAAGUCCUGGUUCCCCCCCACACCCCGUCCUGUGAAAUUCCCAGUGGGGCAGUGACGGGCUCUGUGGUGCAGCUGCGCUGUAGGGACCAGCAGAGCAUCCCGCCUGCCACAUACUCCUGGUUCAAGGACAGCAUACAGUUGAGCCCGCCAUGGCGGGCCAACACCACCUUUGUGAUCAACUCACACACAGGAGUGCUGGAGUUUAAAGCGGUAGCCAAAGAGGACACCGGUCGAUACAGCUGCCUGGCUUCCAACGGAGUGGGGCCGCCCAAGAUGUGCGAGGCCAAGCACAUGAAGAUAGAGGAUGUCAAUAUCUUGGCGGUGGUGGCAGCGGUGGUGGUGGUCUUCCUGGUGGUGGUGGCCUGCAGCUGUGGUGGACUCUUCUUGCAUCGCAAUGGCUUCUUCAGCCGACACAGAGGAAGGUCAUUUUGGAUCUCCCAGUGUCAUGGUGCAGCCCACAUCAGCAGCCAAACCCUGCACAGAACUGAGGACACGUCCAAUGUCAACUACAUCCCUCCGCCCCAAGAAGACUUCAAACACACCCAGUCCUUCAUGCUCUGAGAAGCUGGCCUUCCUUUGAAAACACAUCACCCUCGUGAAAAGGUGCCAAACACUGGAUUCUCUGAUUUAUUAAGUCACUGGACUCUGAAUGAGCUCUUUAUCUUCCAACACAUGCAUUUCAAUCUUCUUCUUCUACCACUCCUUUUUGGCGUGGCACGGACAUUUGCAAGGCUUCUUUCUCUCUUGCUUUGCACUGUGUGGGUCCCCUCAGUCACUGGUGUUUCUGCUUUUAUGAGAUUAACUUCACUUUCAUGACGUUGUGCUCCCCCCUGGUGGUCAGAUGUUUAAAGUGGACCUAUCAUGCUAUAUUUGAAUAAUAUAUUGUAGGGCCAUACCUAUAUAAAACAUGUCUGUCAAGUUUUAUUUUCAAAAUACCAAACAGAUCAUGCAUUUUAGCCAUGCCUCAUUUCGCUCUAUUUGCUGUA